AUUCAGUUUAAAAUAUUAUUUUUCAAAUUGUUAUGAAAACAUUGUUAUACAUUCCCCAAAAAAAGAAAAAAAAAGAAGAAAAAUGAAUCAAACAAAAAAAUUGAAAAAGUUGAAUAUAAAUUUAUAGAAAAAAAAACAUUAUUUCAUUUUGCGUCAUUUCGAUGAACAAAUUAUCCUUAACUUAACCCAUGGUAUGUACCUGAACGCGGCAUUAUACUCAAAGUAGCCUUUGUGUUUUUAUUUAACAAACGAAUGUAUAGCAAAUGCAAACAACAGUGUAAAUUAAUCUUUACGCAAUAAAAAGUGUUUAUGCAACGAAAGUAUAUUUAAGCCUACGCGCAAAUAUUACGUACACGCUAUACGAAUUAACUGCUUCAAAAUUUGAGAACCCUCCCCCCCUCGGCUAUAAUUCCUGCCCAUCAAACUUCUUGCAUUUCAAAAUGAAUGUCGAUCUGUUAAAUCGUGACCCAGCUGAAGAGGCCAAAAAACAUAAAUUAAAGAGAUUAAUUCCAAGCCCCAAUUCUUAUUUUAUGGAUGUAAAAUGCCCAGGAUGUCUUCAAAUCACCACCUUGUUUAGCCAUGCGCAAAAUGUUGUUCUGUGUGGAAGCUGUAACAUUAUGUUGUGCCAACCAACGGGUGGAAAAUGCAAAUUAACAGAAGGUUGCUCCUUUAGGAAAAAAAUUGAGUAAAUUGUCUGCAAUGAAGGCUUACAGUAUUUAACCACAUGGUAAAGGAGAAAAAAAAGAAGAAGAAGCUUUUUUCAUGCGAGAAGAACUAUGGGACGAAUUCACGAACACUUGAGCAAAACAAAUUUGGAAAAAUGGAGCGAAAUGACGACUUCCUACACGUACUAAUUAAAAUUUGUUAAAAGUACAUAUAUAUUUUUUUUUUUUUCCAUCCCAAGUAGAAAUAUACAUGGGUAUAUGCGAACAUAUAUAUACAUAUAUACGUUGUGUACAUAUUUAGUAACUUUACAUUUACCCGAUUUUUUAAAUUAAAACAUUUAAC